AUGGCCGCCCGAGCCGUGAAGCUCGCGAUCCAGACGGCGCUGCUCGUGCAGGCGCUGCACGGCAGCAGCAGCACCACGCAGACGUCUGUCUCGGCCCGGGGCACGGCUGUGAGUGGGAACUUUGAGUCCAUUCAGCCGCCGCGUCCACGGGAAGCCCCGGGUCGGGUCCACUCUACCGACGACAACGACGACAGUGUCGUCGAGUCGCGCGGCAUCUUUGAUGGCUUUAGUCCGAACCCUGCGGACUACAAGGAGUCGGAUUUCAAGACCACGACGCCCAUUCCCGGCACGGAGCCGCGACCGCCAACGGCCGAGAUCCUCGCGGGGCUGGGCAGCGGACUGAGUGCUUUGAUUCCCGACAAUAUGAAAAAGGCCGUCAUGGAAGACGCCUCGUUGUCUGCGUCGGGCAGCGACGAAGAGGAACCCGCGCCGAAGAAAGCCAAGAAGAACAAGAAGGCUGUUUCGUCGGCGAACUCGGGGAGCUCGGAGGCUCUGGACGAAGAAGAGAGCGAGGCGGGCAGCAACGAAGAGGAACCCACGCCGAAGAAGACCAAGAAGAACAAGAAGGCUGUUUUGGCGGCGGACACGGGGGACUCGGAGGCUUUGGACGAAGAGAGCGAGGCGGGUAGCAACGAAGAGGAACCCACGCCGAAGAAGGCGAAGAAGGCCAAGAAGGCCGUCUCGGCGGCGGACUUGGGGAGCUCGGGGGGUUCAGACGAAGAGAUGGAAGGCUUUGCUGAUUUUUUCGAGGAUUAUGGUGACGACGAAGGAAGCACCGAUGAGUCUGGUUCCGAAGGCUUGGACAGCUUGAUGCUUGGAGCUGGCAGCGGCGCCGACAUCCUGAGUAUGUUUGGCGGCAAAGGUGUGGAGAAGGAUCUUGAUGAGGAUGCAUUCAUGUCAGCUGUCGGUGGCAAGCUGGGCGGCUUGGCCGGCUUGGGUGGCUUGGGUGGUGGGGGAAUGUCCAUGUUUGAAGAAGACCCGACGAAACCGCAGCACAAAAAGAUUGACGAUGGUGACAUUAUUCUCGGAGAGGUCUACGGCAGCAAAGAACAUGGUCGUGCGUUCUCGGAUAUCAACAACAUCAAGUUUGGGCAGAUGAUUUUGAACAUCACGCUUCGCGGAAACAAGCGCCUGGACAAAAUUGAACUCGCAGUGAUGACCCGGGAUGUUGUAGGCAACCUGGUGCACGGCGGCGAUGGCGGCGGCGCUGCUCACCUUGCGCCCGAAUUGGGCGACAUCAUCACGGAAGUCGAGGUUCAUUGGGGCAAGAAGGAUGGCAAGACGAGAAUUUUUUACAUGAUGAUGGUCACAAGUGGAGGCAAGACAAUAUCUGCUGGCACGAAAACGCCGGACCACGCCACGUUGAAGGCGCCACCCGACUUUCAAUUUGCCGGGUUCCAUGGACGUGCUAGUGGUGACGGUAUCUUUGGCGUUGGUGCCAUCUACACGAGGACUGGAGCGCAGGAUUUGGCUGUCACGGACAUCAUGGAGGUUCCGGAUAAAGGAACUUCGGACAUCUACAACUACGACCUAACCAUUCGCAACUGGGUCGGCCCUGCUCAAGCUGCCGCAGACAGCGCUUGCUACCAAGUACGACAAGGAAUGAGCAGUAUGAACACGUGUCCCACCGGUUACAAGAAGGAUAAGAAAGAAUGCGUUGCACAGUGCCCGCUCGGGUACCCGGUUGAGUGCUGGAGGGAAUGCAUUCCUCAAAACGCCGAUUGUAUGCAAGAGAUCCUCUCCAAGGCCGUAUCGGUGGCUGCAGCAGCGCUGAGUCUUGCUUCACUCGGCACGUUUGGCACUCUUUUCACCACUUACAAGACCAUGAGUUUUGUGAUUAGGUGCGCCGUCGGUAUCAUGAACUCUGUCCGAAACCUCAUGUUCUACCUGCGGUUCCGAGUCACUACGGUUCCACGUACCGAGAUCGAGAUCCUCAUGGACAAGGCCUUUAUGCUGCAAAUUGUUAUUAUGGACCUGCCGAUGGCAAUUGCCAUGUGCUUGGGGGCUCCCAUUCCCCCUUCGCUGCAAUUUUCGGUCAUGAUUUUGACCGUGGUGUCUGUCAUCGUGAUGAUGGUGGUCAUGAUCGGCGAAGCCCUUUUUGCUUCGAAGAACAACAUUUUGCUGAUGCUGCGUGAAUCGGGUGCGAUGAACAAGAGUCUCAAGGCUAACACGUUGGAGCUGAAAGAUUUCAUCAACCCCGACAACGCUACCUGUGGCCAGGAGAUGCGGAUCCUUACGAAUCGCGUGAUAAGCAAGGUUCACGAGGUCCGUAACAAAACAAAGGGGGCGGCUCCAAAUGAUGUUCGUGUCGUGGUGAGCAAGUCUCCUAUUAUUUUGCGGGACGUCCCUGUGAUCACGAACCACUGCAUGGGUGAAAUCUGGGAGAACAAGACUGCUCUUUCGUCGUACAAAACGCGACACUUGAUUCGCAAGACGCUAGGUGUUAUCAUCAACCAGCUGAUAACUGACGGCACGACGGACAUGGGCGAGAAAGUGGCCAAGCAGGAGAAGACGCUCGAGUACGCCAACGUUGGUUUGUUCGUAUUGUCCAUGUUUGACCCUACUGGUAUUGCGUGGAUGCUCCAAGAUUUUGUGCAGCCUGUUUGCGGGCCUACAGAGUACGUCGGCGAGAUCGAUGACGGCCCGUUGAGUGAAGCACUGGGUUUGAAUACCGUCGGCGAGGCAUUUACGGGCAGUUAUGGUGUCUGGAAGAAGAAAGGCAAUGGCUCCGUCACGAUUUUAUUUGAGAGUACUGACAAGUACAACGUGGACGUUGUUGUCCGCGUUGCUGGCACCAAGGUUGAUCAAGUUGCGGUGCCAGCACAUGGCAAAGCCACGUGGACAGCUCACGUCAAGCAGCUGCAAGACAAGACAAUUUACUUGGACCGCUGGCGUCCCGGUUGGUUUGGACUUCCUGGGAAGGGUGGUGGCUCACUGCUCUUGUGGGUUCCGCGGUCGUCAGAGGGGGGCUUCCUUGUUAUGCAUGCCCGUCUAAACGCAAGCUAG